AACAUGCUGCUUGGCGAGUUUAAGAUUGACACCUGCAUAUGAAAAUACUUUACAGUCAUGUCUUGGUUCCAGUAAUAUUAUACUUCAUCAACAAAUGUGUUUAGAACAAGAUGGCAUGACAUUAAGUAUAAUUUAUAUCACAAUAUUGACAGGGGGAAGACCUUAAUAUUUUCUUUUCUUUUUUCUUUUAUGAGCGGUUCCUAACUUGCGAUGCAUUCAGACUUGUCACCUCACCUACAUACUGAAGAGUGUAAUAUUAUCAUCCGUCAACUCCAGAUGUGCCACAAGGAGCAUUCUGUCUUGAAAUUUUUUGGCCAUUGCAAUGGUAUUGACAGAGAAAUGAGGAAGUGCCUAAAGAAAGAGUAUGAAGCAAAUAGAGCCAAGAGCCAUGAACAUGCAAAAGAGAUGAAGCGGAGGUUGAGAGAGACAGGGGCACAAAAUUAGAAUUGGCUACUCGGACAUUAUGGGGACACCUGAAGAAGCACGUUUUCUCUAUCUCCUGGACACUGGAAACGUAUUUAAUCUGCAAUAAUAAAAAUGCCUAGCCUAUG